AUGAAAUUUGAUUGUGAAUGUGAUUACUGUAUAACAGAUACAAGACAGUGUUGCCAUACAUAUUGUAUCGGUGGAUGUACAGGACCAACUAAAAAUGAUUGUAUAUCUUGUAAAUAUUUUAUACACAAUGAUAAAUGUAUAAAAGAUUGUCCAUACAAUACAUACAUGUUAAAAUCAAGACGCUGUGUAACAAAAGAACAAUGUAAUCAACAUAAAAAAGAAAAGCUUUCAGAAAAUCGACAUACACAUUAUUUAACAUUAGAUGUAGUAGAUGCAUACAAUACAACCAUUAGGAGGGAAUGUGUACCAGACUGCCCUGAAAAUUAUACCAUCAGUAAAAGUGGUGAUUACUGUCAAAAAUGCUUAGGGAAAUGCCCAAAAAUUUGUCGUAUUAACAAGAAGAUUGAUAGUAUAAGUGCUGCAGCUGAAUUAACUGGUUGUACAUAUAUAGCUGGUCAAAUAAUUAUACAGAUAGAUGGGGGCAGUGAUAUUGGUUUGGAAUUUGAAAAAAGUUUUCGUGCAAUAGAGGAAGUGGAAUAUCACAUCAAAAUAGUCCGUUCUUAUCCUUUAGUAUCUCUUCAUUUCUUCAAAAAUUUAAAAGUAAUUCAUGGUAAAGUUGGGAUGGAUCGUGAUAGUGAAACAGAUGAUGAAAAUGCAAAAGAGAAUCGAAAAUAUGGUUUAAUUGUAAUGGAUAAUCAAAAUUUAGAAGAAUUAUUUUUACCAGAAGUGGCCAAAAAUUUAAAAAUUUUGAAUAACAAGAGAGUCAAAUUUCAUUUUAAUCGUAAAUUGUGUGAACAUAAAAUCCGUGAAUUUUUGAGUGAUGUGAAUCUAUGGAAUACAGUGUAUAAUAGAACUUUGAAUGAAAAUGAUGUCAGUACCAAUGGAGAUCUUAUACCAUGUAAUAUUACUAAAAUAAAUCUAACUGUAUCAGAUGUGAAUUCUGACUAUGUGCUGUUGAAUUGGAACAAGUAUAAUUUAACAGACGACAGAAUGUUGAUAGGUUAUGUUUUAUAUUACAGGGAAGUUACAUCAAAACAAGUAGAUAUAUUUCAAGGUCAAGAUGCUUGUUCUCAGUCACAAUGGAAGAAAAAUGACUGGGAUGCCAAUAGAAACAAUACAGAUAAAGAAAUGGUUGGUUUAAUACACAACUUAACACCAUGGACAAUGUACGCUGCUUAUGUUAAAACUUUGACUUUCAAGUCCAAAAAAUCAGCAAUAUCUAACAUUAUAUUUGUCAAAACUUUGUCAGCACAGCCUUCUGCCCCAACAAAUCUGGAAGUGAAAGCGGAAAAUGAAAAUGAAUUGUUUGUUAGUUGGGAUAAACCAUUGAAACCUAAUGGAGAUAUUACUCAUUAUAAAGUUUACUGGAAGCAGGGCAAAUUAAACCGAGAGGAGUUUGAUGAGCGAAAUUACUGUCUUGAAAAAAUAGUGUUAGAUAAACCAACAAAAGAUGAAAAGAAAGAAGAAGAAGAAGAGGAACUACAAGUUAAACCUAAUAAAGAUGGUUGCUGUACUUGUCCUAAAUUCAUGAAAGAUGUUGAACAGUUGAAAAAAAAUGUACAAAGUCGUUUGAAAUUUGAAAAUGCCAUAAAAGAUUUGGUGUAUGUGAAGAAUAAGAAGGCUCUGUCAUUUGAUAUAAAAAAAUUAGGAGAAGUGCUGAAUAUUACAUACGGAAACAUAUCAUUAUCAAAACAUUUAUUUAAUCCUCCAUUACUGAAAUCCAACAGAUCAAAUGUGAACAAACCAUUGUCAAUAGACACAUCCAAAUAUAUUGUGGGAACUAGUGGGUUUUUCCCCUUUGAAAGUCCUGGAAAUAUUGAUGUAGAAAAUGAAACGGAUAGUGACAAUGUGACAUGCAAUGAUUGUAGUGAUUCUGAUGAUAGUGACUAUAUCGCUAUGUUAGCAAUAGUGAAUGGCACCAAUAUUACUUUAACCAACUUAGGUCACUUUCAACCUUACAAUAUCAAGGUCUUGGCUUGUCAAGAUACAUUAGAGAAUGGUGAAAAAUAUUGCAGUGAUAAAUCUAAUAUAGCCCUAGCUUUUAAAAGAACCUUGAAAUCUCCCACAGCUGACAGAAUUGAACACAGUACUAUACGAGUAUCAGUAAAUGAUUCAGGGAAAGUUAAUAUAACUUGGGAUUCACCUAGUGAUCCAAAUGGUUUAAUAGUUUGUUUUGAAAUAGAAUACAAACCAGUCCAUGAUUAUCAUGGAAAAGUAAGGAAACCAUGCCUAACUCAUUCACAAUAUCGUGAAAACAUGGGUUACGUUUUAACUGUUACUGGUCAUGGAAAUCAUUCUUUUAGAAUUAGAGCUACAUCUUUAGCUGGACCUGGUACUUGGACACCUGAAAUGUACUUUCAUAUCAAUUCACCUCCAGAUAUUUUACAAGGAACUAUUGCUGGUCUAAUAAUUGGAGUUGUGGUGUUUAUUAUUAUCUUAGUUGUUGUUGUUAAUGUUGCCAAAAGGAAAUUUUUGCGGAAACAAGAACCAACUACAAUUUCUAUAAAUCCAGGUUAUAUGCAAACAUCAGAUA